UCUGCAAUUCAAGCUAAAAAUAUAUUUAACUUUUUUUUGACAGAAAAUGGAUGAACUUAUUCCUUGCUCUAAAUAAAAAAAUCCUUUUCAUUAAAUACUUUGUCUUUACACUAAAGGAUUAGACAUAAGUUACAUUUCAACAUUCAAAGAGAUUGUUUAUAUUAAUAAUGAGUCAUUAAUCUGAGCUUGUAGUUUCUUCUUCAUCCACCCCCUCAUCCUCUUGAAAGAUUGGAAGUGAGAGAAUCAGACUGCCCAGAAAUGGCAAUCUUUUGUCGAGAACAGGCAUCGAAUUCUGCUAAGAAAUGCAGAUUUCUCGCGUUGGUCAUAAAGGAUACAUUUUCCAGUUGCCAUACUUGCAACGGAAGCAAUGUGUCUUGCUCCAAUCCUGAAGAAGAAGAUACUCCCAUCAAUGAUUUCGAUGAUGUGAAACAAGUAGUAGUAUCAAUGAUCCGUAGCCGUGCAAUGGAGACAAGGUUUAAAAGAAAAGGAAGCAUGCUGAGUGAUAACUACUCAGUAGUUGUCCAUCCAAAAUCGGGAGAGCUGUUUAUAAGUACAGCAAAGCGACAAACAUAUGAUGAGAAUUCUGCACAGAAGCAGCAUGAAGAGAGUAAGGUUAAUGAAGAAAUGGAUGAUUUUGCAUCAGCCAAUAGCCACUUCUCACAAUGCAUUACAACUAGUGUUGAAGAUAGUGAAGCUUUUUUCUCGGUGAGAACCAAUCUCUCGUGCUGUUCAACCUCGAAAGAUCCUGAUUUAGCAGAAAAUAGAUGGUGGGUUUCAGAAGCUUUGUCUUUGGAUAGUUCAGAAUUAAAGAGGCGUCUAAUCAUCCAGGAAGUCUGUCACUGUGAGGGUUGGCCAUUCGGUCUCUGUCGGAAGGCAUUGUUACUUCCUCCCUUGCCAAAAUCCCCCUCGGAAUCUUGGUCAUGGUGUAAACACUUUCCCAGAAUUGUCAAGACAGUUUGAUAACAGCUCGAGACUCGAGUUAAAAGACAAGCAGAAUUCCUGUGAGGCUCCCUCUUUUUUUAUCUGCACUCUGCAGUAAAUAAGCACCUUUGUGGGCCUGUGGCAGUGCUUGAGGCAACUGAUGUCAAUGAGUAUGAGGUUUCAAAAAUAAGACAGGUUUAGAUUAAUGGUAACAUCCAUUUUGUUAUAGAUUUUGGUAUCAUAAUGUUGAAUGAUUUUUUGCAAAAGGAAGCAUAGACAAUAAAGUAAAAUUGAGAAAGAAAAAGAAAACCAAGCUGCUGUAUGCUGUUGAAGCCAAAUGUUUCUUAAAUGCUUUCGGGUUUCAGCUACACAAUCUUUCCACUCUAUAUUCAAAAUGCUAUGCGGAUGGAA